AGCAAGGCCAUGUUUGUUUGGUAGCUGUGCGGAUCAAGUUGCUCAUCGGCUUUCAAACUUCCCCUCAUUUCCGGAGAUAGUCUCAUGGAUAUUCCGAACAACCACUCGUGUACACUGUGUGGCAAGUUGGUUACCACCAAACAUGGAAUGGUUAGGCACAUGCGCAUUGUGCAUCAAGGCGCUGAGGAAAGCAAAUGCGAAUCCUGUGGUAGAAGUUUUACCACGAAGUUCGCACUUCAUCGACACAUUCGGAAAGUUCACGAAGGUAUAACGGAACGCGUGCUACCCUGCGACUGCUGCGGAAAGAAAUUCUCCGCUAAACAUGGUCUGGAGCGCCAUAUGCGGUUGAUCCACGAAAGUGCUGAACUAUGCAUCUGUCCACUGUGCAACAAAACAUUCUCUACCAAGUUCGCAUUUAACCGUCACACAAAAACCGUUCAUGCAACUUCCCUGAUCCUUUGCUCUCCCUGCAGUUUGUUAUUUCCCUCAAAGUUUGCUCUUCUGGAACACAAUCUUUCCGUGCAUAACACUUCGAAGAUAUUCGCUUGCCCUGAAUGCCUGAAAUGUUUUCCAGACGCUGAAACCCGGAGAGUGCAUCAUCAAGAAGAACAUGGUGCUAACCACAGUCUGUUGGGUGUUUGUUCCACGAAUCCUUCUGUUCAAAACCCGCUUGCCGGGGCAAGUGGUCUCCGAAACUAAGAAGCGAAUGAAGCGCUUCGUUAAGGGUACUCCCGUUAUUAUUUUCCUGCUUUCUCAUCCGUGGUUGCUUUUUCUAUUUACAGUAUGUCGACCAGUCCCACUUGCCGUUCCCUCGGCAUCUAGUGACCUUUAUCUAUCGCUCUCGCAUACCCUUACAAUUAAUUCUAGUUGGCAGUUAACCCUCUUUAGAUUGCGUGUGAUGCUUGGUCGGAAUCGCCUCUUCUGGACCUGUCUGCAACUUCUUCGAACCGUAUAUAUCAUCGUUUCUUUUUUCUAAAUGUCCCGUCCUGAUGUAAAUUAAUGAUAAGGUGUUAUUUCCAUGAACUACACUACAUAAAAACUGUCUCUUAUCUCGUUUCUAAUCAUGCACCAAUAUCGUCCCAG